AAAUGUCUUUGUUGACUUUUCGUCUGACUGUGUGGGGGGCAAGCCAAAUAGUGUGUAAAGGAAAGGUGAUAGGUAUUUGCAAGGCUAUAUAAGGUAUUUGUGAAAAAUAGCGAAUUUUGUGCGAUACUGCGAUACUUACGGCUUACCCAACAGUUUGGAGAGCAAUAAGUGACAGGUGGCUGACGGCAGGAUGGAAUCACAGUCAAGCACCACAGCUAGCAGCAGCUGUCACUGCCAGGAGACUGAUACUGAUGACACAAGCACCAUGGCCGACACAUGGAGUGUGGUGUCUGAGUCGUCCUUGGCUGUGACAUCACCUAUUGGGUCGUCAUCGGUGCAGCGUUACGUGCUGAGGGCCUUCACCUACCUGCAUGUGCAGGACCAGGACACAGGUGUCACCCGACUGGUGACUGGCCAGCGUAGCUUCAGCACAAAGCCAAGUGAAAGAGUCAUCUUUGGCCCGCAGCCGAUGGUGGUGGUACCGCCAGCCCACUACUGCGUCGUCGAGAACCCGGCGGUGCGUAACGGCACUCAGGUGGCGUUCGACGAGUUCGGCCAGGCGCUGCUGCGUCACGGUGAGCGCGAGAUGCGUCUGACUCGGGCUCCGUUCCCCCUGUUCCCGGGCGAGACGCUGGUCGGCGGCGUACGCCCGCUCCCGGUGGUCGGCGAGGGCCAGGUGCUGCGCCUGCGCGCGCUGCAUGACACCACUGAUAGCGAGGGCACGCAGCGUCAGGCCGGGGACCAGUGGCUGGUGAGGAAGAAGGGCAUGUACACGCCGUCGAUGGCCGAGGAGGUGGUCGGCGUACUGGAUUUAAAGGUGGUCACCCUGACGAACCGUCAGUACUGCAUCGUCUGCACGCCCGUGCUGGGCGAGAAGCCGAAGCGGAGGGUUGUGCGCGGGCCUCUCUCUUUCCUCCUGCAGCCGGACGAGACUCUCGAUAACGGGGUCCGAGAGAUCCACUUCCUGGAGGCGGCUGACGCGCUGGACCUGGUGGCGCGCGAGGCGUUCACGGACGAGACGGUGACGCCGGCGGUGGAGCGCGCGCUGGGAGACCGGUGGACGGUGCGCGGACCGGCCGUGGUCGCGCCGCCCGCUGAGGUCGAGGUGCUCCGGAAGCACAGCGUCAUCGCUCUGGGCGCCACCGAAGGCGUGUACGUACAGAACACGGAGACAGGUGAGGUGCGCGCCCAGAUGGGCCGGCCGUACCUGCUCGCCAUCAACGAGCGGCUCUGGAGCAAGGACCUGCCGCUGGACGCCGAGCAGCUGCUGGCCGAGUACCGCGCAGAGGCCGAGGCGGACGGCGGCGGCGGCGGUCGGUGGCGCGACAAGAGCCGCGUGGUGCAGGUCUUUGUGCGCCUGGACCGGUGCCUGGUGAUCGAGAACCCCCUCACCGAGGAGACGCGCGAGGUGCACGGCCCGCAGCUGGCCAGUCUGAUGCCUGACGAGCAGUUCCGGGUGUUCUCUCUGCCCGGCGGCACGCCCGUGCUGCCAGGGCGCUCUCAGUCGCUGACGCUGCCCCUGCUGGGCGACAUGCACCGCCUGACCGACCUGAUCACCGUCCGAGACGAAGAGGACGGUCACACGAUGACCGUCAAUAUCACGUGGAAGCUGGUGUACCCCACGUCGGGUCCUAUCGCCAAAAACGGGGCAGAUGAGGCGUACUUGCAGCUGAGGCGCCGUUUUCUCUCUGAGGCUCCGUGCGGCUUGAUCAGAAAGCUAUACGAGAUCGGGGAGUUUCGGUUUCAGGUUGUGGUCACCUCUGACGUGACAGAGUCAGCCAGCGAGUAUUGAUCUGGGUUAGCUGUAAAUAACUCAGCUGGGGAGUCAAUUAAAUGCGUGUAUUAUUUUUCAUAUAUUCACCUAGGAUUAGUAUCAAAGAUUGGAUGCAGCAAAAAAAAAAUCCAAAAGUUACUGAAAGCCUAAUUUGUUGGCCACGACUGGCCACAACAGUGCGAAGGUUACGCCAGAGAAUGAUCAUUUCGGUCACAUCUGAUCAGACGCUGCAACCGAUUCCUUUGGAUGCGGACGAAUGUUCGACGUUAUAACGAGUCCUUUCUAAUUCUUGUGAAUGAUCUAUUAUUACUACCCAUCCCUGUUAGAACUUACUUUUAUGGGCUUGAAGACUCUCGCACUAGCUGUAGACUUUAAGCGUGCUAAAGAUAUGCCACGAGUGACGAGGCAUUUAAGGUGGCCUAGCAAGGUUACGCCGAGCUGCUUUCCAACACGGCAUCACAAGUGGAUUAGCAUGCUUGCAGUUCUCGGGUUAACUGGCAAUGUUCGGUAAGAUCGUUGGCCCCUUUGCCCCCACCGUAGUGCAUUAUCGGGUAAGGUCACUCGCUGUUUAGUGAACACACCUAUUGCACACGCUUUGAUCACGGAGAUUUGCCUUGUUUCUAGAUCUCGAAAGAUUAUGUUGUCAUUGCUUGUGAGGUGCGUGUUUUAAGCUUUUAAUCGUCGGCUUGGAACCAUAGGUAUAGGUUAAGAAACUCGCCCCGACCACAGCUCAUAUAAAGAGUGAUUUACACCGGCUUUCUUAGAAAGAAUAAGUAGUAGUCAUUUCGUUAGUUCAGUUGAGCAAGAUUGCAUUGUGAUAGCCUAGAAGUGCCUGCAAUAUCACGAAUUUUGCGGGUGCUGAGUUGUGGUGAUUGUUACAUCUUAAGCUGGUUUGCGACAGAAAUCGUUGGUCAGGUCGUGUGUCAAUAGAUGUGCUGCAAUAUGUUAUUGUAAUCGGGAUACUUAUGUGGUAUUUUGCGGCUUUCCUUGAGUGAUCGCCACUAUUGGCUUAGGUUUGGAAGUUGAGCGUGACCAGUGACAUUUCUGCACUUAAAAUAAAAAAUAAAGAAAAGCCUUCGA